CAUCCAUCCAACCCCCCUCGAACCCUUCCAGAUCAGCGAGAGCUUGCCUCCUCCCUUCCAGAUCGCCGCCGCCACCUCCCUCCGGCGGAGCUCGCCGCCGUCCAUGGCCUCCUCCACGCCCUCCUCUUCUCACCCCUCACAUUCCCUCACCAGAAGGGAGAGAAGAACCCGAGGGAGGGAGAUCCAACGCGAUCUAGCCUCGGCCUCGCGCCUCGCCGGAGCAGCUGCUGCCGUCGGCCCGCGGCCCGCAGGUCCCCGUGUUCCCCCUCUCUUCUUCCUCCCUCUGUUUAUCUCUUCCUUUUUCUCUCAAGUCUCAACCCCCCUCUGUACUUCUCUGUGCAAGGAGGCCGCCAUGGACUUCCUCGUCAAGCCGUCGCUGGAGUUCCAAGUCCGCGCCGCUCGAAACCAUCUUCAACCUCCGUCGGCCCUUGUUCCUCCAUGCCCCGCCAAGCGCGCG